GUCCUCUUUUCCUCCUCACUCUUCGUUGUAUGGUCUUGGGUUGUUGAAGGCUUUCUGCCAUCCUCCCCUCUCCCCGUCUUGCUCCCUUCUCCCCGCCCUCCCCUGCCGUGACAAGGAUACCGCUGGUAUGCUCUUUUCACCUUGUAAGUCACUCACAGCUGUCUUAUCGCUUUGUAUAUGCAGAGUAUUCGCGACCCUUGCCGGCUUCUCUCGAUCCGCCCACCUCAAAGCAAGCAUACCAAACCUAACCAGAACCUUUUCAAAGCCUGUUACUAGCUCUCGCACUCUGUAUCGUCUGGCACAACCCACCCAACCAAGCCCACAACGUCCCUCUUGCCCGCCUGACUCUUCCGGAUUCCGCUGAUUCGUCGCGUACCCGGACUGUCUUCCCCCUACCUCCAUUCAUCCCCCUCCGCAAAAUAGUCACCCUACUCUGCAGCUUUCGUCGAUCCCCCUCAGCUCUCUAGACCUAUCUGCACUACCCCGCCUUUUUCGGCAUAUAAAGUCUCCCCAUAUAUCCCUCAUAAACACUCUUGUUCUCUAUAUAUUGAAUGGCCAUGACGAUCUCUGUCCCAAUCCCUUCUUCUCCGGAGGCUGCCAACACUCCUCCUUCCACAGACGGCGCUCAGACCCCCGUCUCUCCCAAUGCUGUCCAGACGCUCGCCCUCCCCCCGCCUGUCGAUAGCGCUCCUGCUGCCGGAGCUGACAAGCCUGCUCCCGGCCAGGCAAAACGCAAGCCAAGCCGUCGCGCCAACACCGCAGAGCGCAGGGCUACUCACAAUGCCGUCGAAAGACAGCGCCGAGAGACCUUGAACGGUCGUUUCUUGGACUUGGCUGGCAUGCUGCCUAAUCUCUCCCAAAUUCGUCGUCCCUCCAAGUCUUCCAUCGUCAACUCUUCCAUCGCUCAUAUUCAUGCUUCUCGCCGUCACCGUGCUCUUGCCUCUCGCGAGCUCCGUCUUCUCAAGCUCGAGACCGAUGCUCUUCGCCGCGAACUCAACGAGUGGCGCGAUCGCUCUGGCCUCCCUCGCGUCGAAGAACCCGUCCGCGGUGAAGCCUUCCAAAUGAUUCUGAGCGGUGAAGUCGAAGCCAUCAGUGCCCCCAUUGAUGAGGAAGAAUCAGGCGAAUACGGCGACGAUAACUUUGGUGACGAUGACUACCCUUCCAACGGUAUGAUGGCAAACGGCAACGAUCCUUCUGAAAAGAUGGGAGGUAUUCUCAAGACCGGAGGUCCGGACGUCGCUCCAUUCGCACACAGUGUCUCCAACGGCGGUGCACCUCACAACGGGCUUCACGUCCAGACCCUGCUCCCUCGUCCUGGUCACGGUGCACCCAGCCCCAUGAUCGUCCAGAGUCCGACCGGUGUUUCAUUCGAAAACCCAGCAAUGAUAUACGACCACCAGAUGCACGUCAACAACCAGGGGUUCUUCAUGAACGGUGGCCAUGCGCACCCUGGUAUGCUUCGAGGCGGUCAACCUGAGAACGACAAGGUUCCGGGUGCGUGGAAUAUGUAUGGCAGUAUGCACGGACCUCAACAGUUCUCUCCUCCGACGUCGAGCCAUGGUGGAAACAGUUCGUCCCCGCUCAAUGUUCCCACCACGCAACAAGCCGCGUAUCUGAUGAACUUGCAGCGUCAGCAAGCCAUGCUCCAGUCUUCGGGACCCAUGGGUCUGAACGGUCACGGUGGUCAUAUGUACGGCAGCCCCGUUGACGGUGACGAUUCCUCCUCGGUCGGGUCCGCACCUGGGAAUGCGGUGCGUAGAGAACGUAGCGGAAGUAUGAACAGCGUAGGCAGUGGAUACGCGUCCGGUCCUGCUGGCGGUAGGUCCCCGUCAGGUAGCAUCUCGGGCAGUUACGAGUUGCCGAACGUGAUGUCGGGUGGACCGAACGGGCAAGGUGCUCUCCCCAGGAGAAUGAACAGCGGUAUGGGCGUUGGCCAGUGGGAUGAGGCAAUGGGGGGCAUGGGUGGUCUGGGCAACAUGGGCGGUAUGGGAGGGAUGUUGAAAGGAGCUCCAACGAUCAGCGUGGGUGGAGGCGGCAAUGGGCAUGCAUUCGCUGCGAUGAUGAUGUGAAGCCGUCGGUCACCUUCAUUCGACGCUUCACACUAGACAAGGCCAACUUCAUCACUCUCGGUUUAUGUAUGCGCCCUCCCUCCUAAAUAUCUAAGCCUGUUGCUUGGCUCGAUACCAUUCGCUCACUCCCUUCUCGAACUUGACGUUUCCCCCUCUCCUCCGUUGGUCCUGGAAUUUUUAUCGCCCUAUGUUUAUUAUUGCUCAGUGCCUGGCCGUACCCUACGAUCGUGUUGCCUCUCUCAUAUGUAUACUUAUAGCGGUCUUGCCCCGUUUCGCGUUCUGCGUUCUGCUCUUUUCGAUGUCUUGUCAAUUUCCUCAGUUCGAUAUUGACACACACUUCACCCCUCCUCUGUCAACACUUCCCACCCGAUGAUGAUAAGCUCUGUCGUGAUGUAUUAUUCUUGCUGGUUCCAGUGUACCUACAGUGUACCCACCUUGUCGUUCUACUACAAAGGCAUGCCUACUCUCGCUCUGUACUUUGCGCACAAGCAAUCCACCCUCGUUUUCCCACCGUACAGACGUACAUGUUCCAUUCCCGUUUUGUGUCUACAGAACAUUGCACCCGUAGCCUCCUCUGUUGAUGUAUGCGUUGUUCCAUCAGUAGCAGCUGCCCUGAAUAUCCCAAUCUCAGUGUCUUCUGCUUGUAUAGUUUCUUCGUGAUAGCGUCGUGUGACCAUUCUGCUCGGUGAUGCCGGCCUACGGGGACGCUCGUGCUGACUGGGAUUUCCCAACCAUAUCUUUCGCAGAUUUCUUUCUUGAAGCUUUGAAGGCUCCCCGACGUGUCAACUUACGUGGAUUCAAAGCAAAUAUUUCACAAUACGCAAAGCUUCUUUAAGUCCGGUUCAACAAUUCCCGGCAUGUAUAUUCGUCUAUAUAUAUAUUUACAUUGCUCCUUGUUCCCUUUGCAGCAAUCCUUCUCGUAAUGCAUUUGCAUAUAUCUGCCAGAACAACAAUGGAGGUUUGUAUAUAUAUCUUCUUACGCUCGGCCUCAAUACUCGGACCUCCGAAGACUCUCCUCGUUCGAGUAAACUUUACACUUUCAG